AUGCCUUCCUUCAAGACCACCGCCAUUGCUUCCGCCCUCGUCGGCGCCGUCUCCGUCCUCGGACACGGUCACGUCAACUACAUCACCAUUGACGGCACCAAGUUCGAUGGUUACGAUGUCACCUCCUACCCCUACAAGGCCGACCCCCCCAAGACCUACGGCUGGUCUGCUACCAACACCGACAACGGUUUCGUCGACCCCGCCAGCUACGGAAGCGGCGACAUCAUCUGCCACAAGGGAGCCAAGAACGCUGCCCUGACUGCUAAGGCCGCCGCCGGCUCCACGGUCAAGUUCUUCUGGAACACCUGGCCCGAGUCCCACAAGGGUCCCAUUAUUGACUACCUCGCUCCUUGCGGCAGCGACUGCUCCACCGUUGACAAGGCCACCCUCGAGUUCUUCAAGAUCCACGAGACUGGCCUGAACGGCACCACCUGGGCCUCCGACACCCUCAUCGCAGACAACAACACCUGGACCAUGAAGAUCCCCGAGAACACCAAGGCCGGUCUGUACGUCCUCCGUCACGAGAUCAUCGCCCUCCACUCCGCCGGCCAGGAGAACGGUGCCCAGAACUACCCCCAGUGCUUCAACAUCGAGGUCACCGGUUCCGGCACCGCUGCCCCCGCCGGCACCCUCGGCGAGAAGCUCUACACCGCCAGCGAGGCCGGCAUUCUCAUCUCCAUCUACAACAACCUGAAGAGCUACACCAUCCCCGGCCCCGCGUUCCCCUCUGUCUUCGGCAACUCCGGCUCCUCCGACUCCGGCUCCGGCUCUGCUUCCUCCGCCGCUGCCUCCGCCCCCGCCGCCACCUCCGCUGCCGCCGCUUCUUCUGCCCCGGCCGCCACCUCCGCCCCCGCCGCCGCUACCACCACCGCUGCUGCCGAGGCCGUCACCACCUCCGCCGCUGCUUCUUCUGCCCCGGCUGCUACCUCCGCGGCCGCUGCCCAGCCCACUAAGCCCUCCUGCGCCGAGAAGCGCCGCCGCCGUCUCGCUCGCCGCAUGGCCCGCGAGCACGCCGUCGUCCGCAACUAA